CGUUUACUUUUCUUUUCUGCGCACACACACAAACACACACACACACUCCAUCGCACCGCCUUUGAUUCACAAGAACCGUCUGAAGAAAAAUAUCCCCAAAAUCCCUCUCUCUCUCAUCACUGUUUUCUUCUUCUUCAUCAUCAGCGAUUCACUCCAUGGAGAUGCGCUUUCUAAUCGAUUAAAUCCGUGCCCUAACCUCUUCGUCAUGUUUGAAGCACAUGUAUUGAAUUUGCUUCGGAGAUAUCUGGGUGAGUAUGUUCAUGGACUUUCGGCAGAGGCUCUAAGAAUCAGCGUCUGGAAAGGUGAUGUGGUACUCAAAGACUUGAAAUUGAAGGCAGAGGCACUCAAUUCUUUAAAACUUCCAGUUACUGUAAAAGCUGGUUUUGUUGGUAGCAUAACACUGAAGGUUCCUUGGAAAGGUCUUGGGAAAGAGCCUGUGAUAGUUCUUAUAGAUCGUGUGUUCAUUCUUGCUCAUCCUGCUUCUGAUGGAAGGUCACUUACACCUGAGGAGCGUGAAAAGAUUUUCGAAGCCAAACUUCAACAGAUUGAGGAAGCAGAGUCGGCAACUCUUGAUGCAAUAUCAAAAUCAAAGCUGGGAAACUCGGGUGGUGGAAAUUCAUGGUUGGGGUCUUUGAUUGGUACAAUUAUAGGAAAUCUGAAGAUCUCGAUUGGAAAUGUUCAUAUCAGAUACGAGGAUUCUAUUAGCAAUCCAGGACAUCCUUUUGCUGUUGGUGUUACACUGGCAAAACUCGCUGCGUUUACAGUGGAUGAGAAGGGGAAUGAAACAUUUGACACCAGUGGUGCUCUAGAUAAAUUGCGAAAGUCUUUGCAACUUGAAAGGCUUGCUAUGUAUCAUGAUUCCAACCGACCUCCUUGGAACAUGGAUAAAAAAUGGGAAGAUCUCUGUCCUGAGGAUUGGGUUGAGAUAUUUGAAGAUGGAAUAAAUGAACCUGCCAAGGGGCAUGGAACUUCCGAAUGGGCUCGUGAUCGCAAUUACUUAGUUUCACCAAUCAAUGGUGUCCUGAAGUAUCACCGUCUGGGGAAUUCUGAGAGAACUGAUCCAGAAAUGCCUUUCGAGGAGGCCCAUCUUAUCCUUAGUGACGUUUCUUUGACAGUAACAGAAGCUCAGUAUCAUGACUGGAUUCGACUCCUUGAGGUCAUAUCAAGAUAUAAGACAUAUGUUGAGGUGUCACAUUUGAGGCCUGCAGUGUCGGUGACUGAGGGUCCUAUACUGUGGUGGAGUUAUGCGGCUCAAGCUGCAUUGCAGCAGAAGAAAAUGUGCUAUAGGUUAUCUUGGGCUCAAAUUCAACGAUUCAGUCAACUUCGUAGGAAGUAUAUCCAGCUCUAUGCUGUUUACCUGCAAGAGUUGCCAGACUCUAUUGACUCUGAAAUUAGAAGUAUUGAGAGAGAUCUUGAUCCAAAAGUAAUUCUUCUAUGGAGGUUCCUUGCACAUGCAAAAGUUGAAUCUGUAAAAUCAAAGGAAAAAGCUGAGCAGAGGAUGCUUAAAAAGAAUAGUUGGUUCUCAUUUGGAUGGCGUUCUGUUUCAAGUGGUACCUCAGAGCAAGAUGCUCCUGAGGGAUCUGAAACUGUGGUGGACGGAUUGAGUAAAGAAGAAUGGCAGGCACUCAAUAAUUUUUUGAGUUUCCAACAAGAUGAGGAGUUGACAUCACAUUCUGGAAAAGAUAUGCAGAAUAUGACACAUCGAAUUGUAAUUGUGUCCAUUGGUCAAUCUGCUGCGAGGAUCAUCAAUAUAAAUGAAACUGAAAUUGUAUGUGGUAGGUUUGAACAACUUCAUGCCUCUGCGAAGUUUAAACAUAGAAGCAUUUAUUGUGAUGCGACACUCAAGUUCUAUGGAUUGUCUGCUCCUGAAGGUUCACUUUGUCAGAGCGUGUCCAGUCAGCAGAAGGCGAAUGCAUUGGGUGCUAGUUUUGUAUAUUUACCUGUUGGAGAGAAUCUAGACUGGAGGCUUUCCGCAACAAUAUCUCCAUGCCAUGUCACGGUCUUGAUGGAGAGUUAUAAUCGCUUUCUUGAAUUUAUUAAGAGGAGCAAUUCUGUUAGCCCUACAGUUGCUUUUGAAACAGCAACUGCUUUGCAGAAUAAGAUAGAAAGGGCGACACGUCGAGCUCAUGAGCAAUUUCAAACAGUGUUAGAGGAACAAAGCAGAUUCGCCCUUGACAUUGAUCUUGAUGCUCCAAAAAUUAGAGUUCCUAUGAGAACAAGUGCCUCAUCUGAAGAGUAUGACAGUCAUUUUCUUUUGGACUUUGGCAAUUUUACAUUGCGAACAGACGAGGGUCACCAUGACAAUCAAAGACAAAACUUGUAUUCUCGUUUUUGUAUAUCUGGCAGGGAUAUAGCUGCCUUCUUUACUGAUAGUAGUUCUGACCUGGAAUCUCCAAGUCAAAGUAGUCAGUUUUCAGCAUAUUCUGCUGUGGGUGCUCUUGUUGACAGGUGUGGGAUUGAAGUUGUAGUUAAUCAGAUUAAAGUGCCUCAUCCAUGCCAUCCGUCAACUCGUGUCUCAGUCCAAGUUCCUACACUUGCUAUUCACCUUUCACCUUCCAGAUUCAGCCGGAUAAUGGAACUCUUGAAUAUACUGUCUGGUACUAUAGAAAGUGGCACAAAGCUUGUAGAAGAUUAUCAAGCUGAAUAUGCCCCGUGGAGCUCCCCUGAUCUUGCAACUGAGGCUCAAAUACUUGUUUGGAGGGGGAUUGGCUAUUCAGUUGCUUCAUGGCAGCCUUCUUAUCUUGUCUUGUCUGGGCUGUAUCUUUAUGUGUUGGAAUCUUCUACAUCCCAGAACUAUCAGCGGUUUGUUAGCAUGGCUGGUAAGCAAGUAUAUGAAGUACCUUCAAGCAAUGUUGGUGGUUCUUCUUCUUGUAUUGCUGUGUGUACUAGAGGCAUGGACAUCCAGAAGGCUUUAGAGUGUUCUAGUACGUUGGUUGUCAAGUUCCAGAACGAGAAAGAAAAGGCUAGUUGGAUGAGAGGACUUGUACAAGCAACCUACCGAGCCUCUGCUACCUCAUCAGUUGAUAUACUAGGAAAAGAAGGUGAUGCUGCAGCAGAAGUUUCUGAACCUCGCUCUACUAAUUCGAAGAUAGCCGACAUUAUUGUUAAUGGAACAUUGGUGGAAACAAAGUUAUUAAUAUAUGGGAAGGUGCAUGAUGAUACUGUGGAGGUUCAGAUUCUUGAGGUUCUUGCUGCUGGAGGAAAGGUGUAUGUUGCAUCAUAUGAAGGGGAUCUAACAGUGAGGAUGAAUUUGCACCGGCUGGAAAUCAAAGACGAACUUCAGCACUCAUCAACGGGCUCAAAAUAUUUAGCUUGCUCGGUUGUGGAAGAGGUAUUAGUAAACACAAACACGGCGGAAGAGGACGACACUUUCACUGACGCCUUGACAGAAUGGUCUGAUGCUGCUGAAGCUUUAGGUCAUGGAACAGCAAGAGGCAAUUCUGGAGACAUAUUUUUUGAGGCAGAAGGCAUUGAUGACUCUGAUUUUGUAUCGCUUACCUUUGUGCAACGGACUCCUCAGUCUCCUAAUUAUGAUGGUAUAGACACUCAGAUGAGUAUCCGCAUGUCAAAAUUAGAGUUCUUUUGUCACCGGCCGACUAUUGUUGCUUUAAUUAGUUUGGGCAUUGAUCUUGGCAAUGCAAGCGGUGCAUCAAAGGACGCUCAGAAAGACAAGGGGGAAGAAGCAGAAGUGAAGGGAUUAUUGGGACGUGGGAACGUUCGAGUUGUAUUUUCCUUGAAAAUGAAUGUUGACAAUGUCACUGUAUUUCUUAACAAAGAGGAUGGCUCUCAGCUUGCAAUGCUUGUGCAAGAAAGUUUUGUGUUGGAUCUUAAGGUUCAUCCUGGUUCUAUAUCGGUUGAAGGUACACUAGGGAACUUUAGGUUCUGUGAUCUUUCACUGGGUACAGAUCAUUGUUGGGGAUGGUUUUGUGACAUACGUAAUCCGGGGGCUGACUCUCUCAUCCAGUUCACAUUCAAGUCCUACAGUCCUGAUGAUGAUGACUAUGAAGGAUACAACUAUAGCUUGAGUGGGAAACUUUCUGCUGUUCGUAUUGUUUUUCUCAACAGGUUCAUUCAAGAGAUCUCUGCGUAUUUUGUGGGCCUGGCAGCUCCCAAUACAGAAGAAGCGAUCAAGUUUGUGGAUAAAGUUGGAGGCUUUGAAUGGUUGAUUCAUCAGUAUGAGAUGGAUGGAUCUGCUGCACUGAAGUUGGACCUCUCGUUAGAGACCCCAAUAAUAGUUGUACCACGGAAUUCCUCCAGCAAAGAUUUUCUGCAGCUUGAUUUAGGCCAUUUGCGUGUGACAAACAAGGUUAGUUGGCAUGGACCUGUAGAUGACCCAUCGGCUGUUCAUCUUGACAUUCUUCACGCACAGAUCUUCGGAAUCAAUAUGGCUGUUGGAGUAAAUGGUGUUUUAGGGAAACCAAUGAUACGCGAAGGCCAUGAAAUUAAUAUCUUUGUGAGGCGCAGUUUGAGAGACAUUUUCCGCAAAGUUCCAAAUUUUGCCUUGGAUGUGAAGAUAGGGUCGUUGCACGCUGUGGUGUCUGACAAAGAAUAUAGUGUGAUUACUAGUUGUGUGACCAUGAACUUGAGUGAGGAAGCUAAGCUCCCUCCUGGUUUCCGCUAUACCAACUCAGGCUCAACGGAUACAAUUCGGAUGCUUGCGUAUAAGGUUAACAUGACUAGCCAAGUUUUCUUGUCACGUACAGUUACCAUUAUGGCAGUUGAACUUGAUUAUGCAUUGCUAGAGCUCUGCAAUGGUAUCCAAGAGGAUUCACCUCUAGCAACUAUUGCAUUGGAGGGCAUGUGGGUUUCAUACCGAAUGACGUCUUUUUCAGAAAUGGAUCUUUAUGUCACCGUUCCUCGAUUUUCUAUAUUGGAUGUACGCCCUGAUACCAGACCUGAAAUGCGACUAAUGCUUGGGACAAGCACUGAUGUUUUGAAACAAGCUUCUAGUAAAGUAGGAGGGGGGCUUGUAAGAGAUGUAACCAUGUCCAACGUGGAUGCACCACACUCGACUAUGCUAUUGAUGGAUCUCCGAUGGCGUUCAUCAUCCCAAUUGUUUGUUGUUCGGAUUCAACUGCCUCGAGUUCUUGUUGUUCCAGAUUUCCUCCUUGCAGUUGGUGAGUUUUUUGUGCCAUCUUUGGGUGCAAUAACUGGCAAGGAAGAGGUGAUGGAUCCUGAGAAUGAUCCAAUCAGUAAAACCGACACUGUAGUACUCUGUGGUGCACUGUACAUGCAGACUGAGGAUGAGGUCAGUCUGUCACCAAAUCGAAAGCUGGUUGUAGAUGCAGCAGGAGUUGAUGAAUAUACUUAUGAUGGUUGCGGAAAAACUAUAAUCUUGAAUGAGGAUCCUGAGCAUUUGCAAUCUUCAGAAUUUCGACCCAUUAUUGUUAUCGGAAGGGGUAAAAGACUGCGGUUCAUGAAUGUGAAGAUUAAGAAUGCUUUGCUCUUGACGGAUUACACAUACUUGAGUAAUGAUAGCAGUUUCUCAGUGUCCAAAGAAGACGGUGUAGAAGUUGUGGUGCAGGACAACUUUCCUUCAACAAGUAAAGGGAUGAGUCUGGACGAGGCUGAAAAAGCGUCAUACUCACCACCCACUUCUGACAUCGAUCAAACCGAUUCAUCUAAGCCAAGUUUAAGCUUUGAGGCUCAGGUGGUGUCUCCUGAGUUCACUUUUUAUGAUAGCAGCAGAUCAUCCAUUGAUGGUUCCUUUCAUUCUGAAAAGCUUCUUCGUGCAAGAAUGGAUUUGAGCUUCAUGUUUGCAUCAAAAGAAAAUGAUACAUGGGUUCGAGCUCUACUGAAAGAUCUAACCGUUGAGGCUGGAUCUGGUCUUAGAAUUCUUGAUCCAGUGGAUAUCUCUGCAGGAUAUACUUCUGUGAAGGAUAAAACAAAUAUAUCAUUAAUAUCUUCUGAUAUAUAUGUUCAUUUAUCCUUGAGUGCUAUCUCCCUGAUUCUUAAUCUACAGAGUCAGGCCGCUGCAGCAUUACACUUUCAGAGUGCUGAUCCCUUGUCUCCUUGUACUAACUACGAUCAACUUUGGGUGUUUCCAAAAGCGAAGGGACAUCAUAAUGCAAUUACGUUCUGGAGACCUCGAGCUCCCCAAAAUUAUGUCAUAUUGGGAGACUGUGUCACUUCCAGGCCCAUUCCUCCUUCACAAGCUGUUAUGGCGGUGAGUAAUACAUACGGGCGUGUACGAAAGCCUCUUGGCUUCAAGCUUGUUGGUUUAUUCUCCAAUAUCCAACAAACUGAAGAUAUGGAUUGUGAUUGUUCUCUGUGGACCCCUAUUCCACCCCCAGGAUACGUGGCUCUGGGGUGUGUUGCACAUAUUGGAAACCAGCCACCACCAAAUCAUAUUGUCUACUGUAUACGAGCUGACCUGGCAACAUCCACAGCAUACUCAGCAUGCAUGUUCAACGCUUCCUCAAAUAACACAUACCCGUCAGGGUUUAGCAUUUGGAGACUCGACAACCUUCUUGGAUCGUUCUACGCCUGUCCUUCUGUUAGCUGUCCCCCGCAGGACAUAUGCUAUGAUCUUAACCAUCUUCUUCUUUUGAACUCAAGCUGGCAUCGUCUCUCUGCAAGAGAAUCCAGGUCUGAGGUAAAUGUUGACCAUGAGAGUACAAGUCAACAAAGCAGUUCAUCACCAGGGUGUGAUGUUGUCAGAUCAAUUUCUAAAGCUAGCUGCUACAUGUCGACUCCAAGUUUUCAGAGGAUCUGGUGGGACAAGGGUAAUGAUAUCCGCAGACCUGUCUCUAUAUGGCGACCUAUACCACGACCUGGAUUUAAGGUUAUUGGUGACUGCAUAACUGAAGGGUUGGAGCCACCUGCGUUGGGAAUAAUUUUUAAGGCUGACAACCCUGACAUCUCUGCAAACCCUGUUCAGUUUACAAAAGUAGCUAAUAUCAUCAUGAAAGGUGUGGACGAUGCCUUUUUCUGGUACCCAAUUCCACCCCCAGGUUAUGUUUCUAUGGGAUGCAUAGUUACUCGAGUAGAUGAGAUGCCCAAAUUGAAUUUGGUUUGCUGUCCAAGGAUGGAUCUUGUGAGCCAAGCUAAUAUUCCUGAGAUGCCAAUAUCAAAAUAUUCCAGUUCAAAAUCAUCUCAAUGUUGGAGUAUCUGGAACGUGGAUAAUCAGGCCUGCACUUUCCUUGCUCGCUCCGAUCUGAAGAAGCCUUCUGGCCGGCUGGCCUUCACUAUUGGUGAUUCUGUGAAACCAAAGACACGAGACAACAUAAUGGCAGAAAUAAAAUUGAAAUGCUUCUCUGUAACCAUUUUAGACAGUCUGUGUGGAAUGAUGACUCCAUUUUUUGAUGUUACUAUCACAAAUAUUAAGCUUGCAACUCAUGGUGGAAUGGACUCGAUGAAUGCUGUGCUUAUAUCUUCGAUUGCUGCAUCAACGUUUAACACAUUGUUAGACUCAUGGGAACCACUGGUGGAGCCAUUCGAUGGAAUAUUCAAAUUUGAAACAUAUGAUACAAAUGAGCAAUCUCAAUCAAGACUUGGAAAAAGAGCACGAAUUGCAGCUACAAGUAUCCUUAAUAUGAAUAUUAGUACUGCAAAUAUUGACACUUUUGCGGAAAUGAUCGCUUCUUGGAGAAGACUGAGAGAAUUAGAACAAAAGGCAAUCAAGUCAGAUGAGGAAGCUAGCAGCCAUAGCGUUGGUGACGAUGGUACAGUUUUUUCUGCAUUGGAUGUGGACGAUUACCAGACUGUGACCAUAACUAACAGGCUUGGAUGUGAUAUUUACCUGAAGAAGUUUGAUCAAAGCUCUAGUACAGUUAACCUUGUUAAGUGUGAUGAUAGUGAUUCUGUGUGGAUUCCACCUUCAAGGCACUCAAAUCGAUUAAACUCAGUUGAUGAUUCAAGGGAGGGGCGAUGUUAUAUUUCUGUGCAGAUAAUUGAAGCCAAGGAUCUACCAAUUGUUGACGAUGGAAAUAGUAAUAGCUUCUUCUGUGCGCUCCGGCUUGUUGUUGAGAAUCAGGAGGCAAGUCAGCAGAGGCUGUUUCCUCAGAGUGCUAGGACCAGAUGCGUGAAGCCCUCUAUUAACAUAAGUAAUGAUCUUGGUAGUGCCAGAUGGAAUGAACUUUUUAUUUUUGAAGUUCCUCGCAAGGGGUUGGCUAGGUUGGAAGUUGAGGUGACUAAUCUUGCUGCAAAAGCAGGAAAAGGUGAAGUUGUGGGUGCUUCAACGAUCUCUGUUGGACAUGGUACGAAUCCCUUAAGAAAAGUAGCAUCAGCUAGAAUGUUGCAACAAGCAUCUCAUGGUCAGGAAAAUGUUACACACCUUUUAAUGAGGAGGGGCCAACAAAAGGAUGAUGAGGUACCCUUUCAAGGAUGUCUUAUAGCAUCUACAUCCUAUUUUGAAAUGAAAGCAACUUCAAAUCUCCAAAGUACAUUGGAGCAGGAGAAAGAAGCGGAGAAUGAUGUGGGGUUUUGGGUGGGACUUGGCGCUGAAGGUGUAUGGGAGAGUUUUAGAUCCUUUCUUCCACUCUCAGUCAUCACAAAAAAGAUGGAGAAUGAUUUCUUCGCCAUGGAAGUAGUCAUGAAAGAUGGAAAGAAGCAUGCCAUUCUCAGGAGUCUUGCAACUGUCACAAACGAUUCAGAUGUUAAAUUGGAUAUAAACGUCACUUCUAUAUCUGGGCGUGAAGAGCCUUCUCAAAAUGCUGUAGAAGAGAUCUUCGAAAACCAAAGACAUAGUUCAAUCUUAGGUUGGGGUAAUAAGCGGCCUAGUUUCCGUGGGAAUGAUCCAGGACGUUGGAGCAACAAAAACUUGUCCUAUUCAACUAAUGAUUUCUAUGAACCGCCACUUCCACCAGGAUGGAAAUGGACAUCAGCUUGGAUGGUUGAUAAAUCUGAUCCAGUUGAUGUGGAUGGAUGGGCAUAUGGGCGGGACUAUCAAACUCUAAGAUGGCCUCCAACUCCUCAAAAUUCUUCAAAAUCGGCUCAACACAAUGUACGACGUAGACGUUGGAUCCGUAAAAGGCAAAAAGUUACUGAACAGCACAUAACAAACACUGGUGGUUCUGUAAUCCAUCUCUUAGAACCUGGUUGUUCUUUCGUAUUACCGUGGCGCUCCAUGUCCAGGGAUUCUGAUAGCAGUAUACAAAUUCGUCCUUGUGCUCGUGUGUUGGGACUCGACACUUGGGGUUGUCCUGUUGACGUUGGGACGAAUGAGCAGCAAGGAAAAAAGAUGUCAAGGUCUUGUUUCUUAUUAAAUCAGCUUGAAAAGAAUGACACGCUUUGGUGUUGCCCAACAACCGACUCAAAGCAAUUUUGGCUGAGUGUCGGUACAGAUGCAUCAGUUCUUCAGACAGAGCUCAAUUCCCAUGUUUAUGAUUGGAAAAUAUCGGUGAAUGCUCCGUUAAAGUUGGACAACCGCCUUCCUUGUCCAGCACAGUUUACAAUAUGGGAAAAGUUGAACAAUGGAAGUAUAACUGAGAGGCAGCGUGGCCUUAUAUCAUCACGUGGUGUUGUGCCCAUCUAUUAUGCUGAUGUCCGUAGCCCUCUUUAUCUUUCAUUGUCUCUACAAGGUGGAUGGAUGUUGGAAAAGGAUCCUGUUCCUGUCUUGGAUAUUUCAUCUAAUAAUCAUGCUUCCUCAUUUUGGAUGAUUCAUCAGCAUAAACGAAGGAGAUUGCGUGUGAGCAUUGAACGGGACAUGGGAGCAUCUGCAGCGUCCCCUAAUACGAUAAGAUUAUUUGUUCCUUAUUGGAUAUGUAAUGACUGCUCGGUUCCACUUACAUAUCGAGUAGUAGAAAUCGAACCUGUAGAGAAUGCAGAUGGGGCAGGCUCAAAAUCUGGAAAAUCAUCAAGCUUUAAGAAUCCUUCAAGCUCAAAGAGGAAUAUCCAGGUUCUAGAAGCAAUAGAGGACAAUAGUCCUACUCCUAGUAUGUUUUCUCCACAGGAUUACGUUGGACAAGGCGGUGCUAAUCUUUUUUCGUCACGAAAUGAUGCAUAUCUUUCUCCUCGUGUGGGUUUAGCUGUUGCUACUCAGCAUUCUGAUAUUUUUAGUGCUGGACUAUCACUUCUUGACCUCGAAAAGAAGCAAAGAGUGGAUGUUAAAGCUUUUAGUUCAGAUGGAACUUACUACAACCUUUCAGCUCUACUCCACUUGACAUCAGAUAGGACAAAGGUUGUCCAUUUUCAGCCACACACCUUGUUUUAUAAUAGGGCUGGCUUUAGUUUAUGUCUGCAGCAGUGUGGUACCCAGUCGCUAGUAUGGAUUCAUCCUACCGAUGAUCCCUAUCAUUUUAAAUGGCAGACAUCUGCAAAAGCUGAACUACUUAAGUUAAAGAUCAAUGGAUAUCACUGGAGUACGCCGUUUAGUGUUGCAAAUGAAGGUUGGAUGCGUGUUCUCUUGCGAAAUGAAACUACUGGCCAACAGUUGUAUUUGAAGGUUGAGGUAAGGAGUGGAACAACAAGCUCAUGCUUUGACGUCAUCGUUCGACCCAAUUCAUUUUCAAGCCAGUACAGGAUUGAAAAUCGUAGUAUGUUUUUACCCUUCCGUUUUCGGCAAAUUGACGGUGGUGAUGAUUCAUGGCGUUGUCUUCUUCCAUGCACAAGUGCCUCAUUUUCAUGGGAAGACCUUGGUAGACAAAGAAUCCUGGAAGUUCUGGUGGAUGGCACUGACACUAAAGAUUCAGCUAAGUACAAUAUAGAUGAGGUUCAGGAUUAUCAACCUGUUCAGACGGAUACGGGACCCACGAAGGCAGUGCGUGUUACUGUAGUUAAAGAAGAGAAGAUGAAUGUUGUUAUGUUUAGGGACUAUAUGCCAGACUACAAUGAUGAUUCCAAAACAGCAGAAAAUAUGAAAACUUUAUCUUCAUCACGAAGGAAUGAUUCUCAACCAUCAUCGGAUUGUGAACUCCAUCUUACUCUUGAACUCACUGAGCUUGGAUUGUCCAUUAUUGAUCAUACACCUGAAGAGAUACUCUACUUGUCGGUGCAAAACCUUCUUUUGUCACAUUCGACUGGUUUAGGCUCUGGAAUUAGUAGAAUUAAAAUCAGAAUGAAGGGGAUCCAAAUCGACAAUCAGUUGCCUUUGACAACGAUGCCCGUUCUCUUUAGGCCACAAAGAAUUGGAAUAGAGGCAGAUUACGUAUUGAAGUUUUCUAUGACCAAGCAAUCUGAUGGAUCAUUAGAUUUUUGUGUUUAUCCUUAUAUUGGUUUGCAGGGGCCUGAAAACUCUGCUUUCUUGAUAAGUAUUCAUGAACCAAUUAUUUGGCGACUUCAUGGUAUGUUCCAGCAGAUUGAUUUUAGUCGAUUCAGUGACGCUCAAACAACCACUGUUUCGGUGGACCCUAUUAUCGAAAUUGGGGUUCUAUUCAUCUCAGAGUUUCGAUUUAAAUUCUCCAUGGCUAUGUCGCCAACUCAGCGCCCUGUGGGUGUACUUGGUUUCUGGUCAUCCUUGAUGACAGCUCUAGGGAACACGGAAAAUAUGCCUGUGCGGGUAAAUCAGAGAUUUCUGGAAAACUUGUCGAUGAGACAAAGCGUUCUUACAACCAAUGCCGUCUCAAAUAUCACAAAGGAUAUUCUAAGUCAGCCUCUUCAGCUGCUUUCUGGUGUGGAUAUACUGGGAAAUGCAAGCAGUGCAUUUGGACAUAUGAGUAAAGGUGUAGCUGCCUUAUCAAUGGACAAGAAGUUUAUUCAAAGCCGACAGAGACAGGAAAACAAAGGUGUUGAAGAUUUCGGUGAUGUGAUAAGAGAAGGGGGAGGAGCACUGGCAAAGGGGUUAAUUAGAGGAGUAAUGGGUAUAGUAACAAAGCCAUUAGAAGGUGCAAAGGCAUCUGGUGUAGAGGGUUUUGUUUCAGGUGUCGGUAAAGGGAUAAUCGGUGCAGCUGCACAACCAGUGAGCGGUGUCCUUGAUUUGUUAUCAAAGACGACUGAAGGUGCGAAUGCGAUGAGGAUGAAAAUUGCUGCUGCUAUCACUUCUGAAGACCUCCUCCUUCGUAGAAGACUCCCGAGAGUUAUCAGUGGUGAUAAUUUACUCAGACCGUAUGAUGACUAUAGGGCACAGGGACAGGUGAUACUUCAGCUUGCGGAAUCAGGCUCAUUUUUUCUACAGGUGGAUCUGUUUAAAGUCCGUGGAAAGUUUGCGUUAUCCGAUGCUUAUGAAGACCAUUUUUCACUACGUAAAGACAAGAUACUUGUUGUCACCCAUCGAAGAGUUAUACUUUUACAAACAUCCAACAUUAUGACACAGAAGAAGUUCAAUCCGGCUAGAGAUCCGUGCCUGGUGUUGUGGGAUGUUCUGUGGGAGGACCUGGCUACCAUGGAACUAACUAGUGGAAAGAAAGAUCACCCGAAUGCACCUCCAUCCAAACUUGUUCUUUACUUGAAAUCUAAAUCAUCAUCCGAGAUCAAUGAUCACACUCGUGUUAUCAAAUGUAAACGUGAUUCCAAACAAGCUAUUCAGGUUUACACCUCCAUUCAGCAAGCAAUGAGUACAUACGCCCCAAAAGGCUCCAAGGAAAUGCAUAAAAGGAAAGUGAAAAGGCCAUAUUCGGCACCGGGUGACAUAUCCACUGCCGAACCAGUUUUUUUAAAGGAAAGUCCGUGGAGUUCACAGCAAGUUCCAGCACCACUUCCUCCAAAUUCGACUUUUGGGAGCAGCAGUGGUAAUAAUUAGUAGGCAAUGCUCAAAUGACAAACCAUGGAUCGCCAUCCUUGGUCUUGAGUUAAUGAGAAGGCAGUUUGGUGCUUCCUUUAGCUGCUGGGAAAAUGUCACCAAGCUCUGUUCUGAAGGUGGUAGGCAGCUAGUUGGAGGAAGCCGUUGUGUUUUUAGCUUUUACCUAGUUUUAGAGAGCGCGAGCAUAGCAUAGCAUAGCAUUGAAUAGAAUAUAAGAGAACAAAACAGAUUAGAUGCAAAUAUAGGUUAUAAUGUAGAGUUAGAAACUCAAUUGGUUUAGAUAAAUGUAUGUAUUACAGUUACAUGCCACCUUUACCAAACAUUUUUAUUCCUUGGGUGAUGCAAUUCACAUAAAUCAUUAAUUUUCUUUGGA